CGCACAGAUCCCAUCUCUCAUCGUCGCCGUCGCUUCGUCGUUCAUCAUCCUCAACUCAACGUCCUCUCACUACCCCUAAGCCACCGGUCCCAUCUCCGAUUGCAUAGGGUCCCAGGUGCAAAAGCCAUCAGGUCAUCAAGCGACUACUAGUCCCAAAACGCCACACGCGACCUACUGAAUAGGGCGAUCCCCUCCUGGCCUUUUCUGACACAACUCGAUCAACUUGCGACAAUUCAUACGCCGUUUGCCGUGUCCCUUCGCUCUCUCGCCAUCUCUCGGACUCUCCGCUCUCCGGUUGUGUCGCAUCGCAUCUAGAGCACCUGCGCCACCCGGUCAUCGCCUAGCUCCGUCUCCAUCUCCAUCGCCAUCUCCAUCUCCUCCCUUGGCCCCCCCCACAUUCCUCUCCCCCGCCCCCAUUUCCCCACCCCCGACUCCCAUCUCCCACCUCCCACCACCUCCUCUGUACGAUCUGGUACCUCUGUCCUCCCCCCCCAGAUGCCAGAGAACGGCAUCAUGGACACGCUCGAGAAGCUAGCCCUGCGCGCUGCUCGAGGCGUGCGCGCCAACGCGCCCCCCACACUCGUGCAGCUCUACGACAACAACUUUGGCCUCACGCUCAUCGCCCUCGCCCAGUUCUUCUUCGCGAGCAUGAGCAUGAGCGUAAAGUGGCUUAUGGAGACGACAAGCAUGUCCACCCUCACCCUCAUCUUUGUGCGCAUGAGCAUCACCGGCUCAUGUUGCUGGGGCACGCUGCUGCUCCAACGCGACCCAAACCCCUUCUUGGGCCCACCAGGCAUCCGCCCACUCCUGUGUCUGCGCGGCUUCGCCGGCUUUUCAGGCCUGCUGUGCGCGUACCAAGCCCUGCGGGGGUUGAGCGUCAGCGACGCCGUCACGAUCGGUUUCCUCACACCCAGCGUCACCGCCUUUUUUGGCUGGCUUGUCCUCGGGGAAAGCUUUAGUGCUCGCGAAGCCGUGUCCGGCGUCAUCUCCCUCUUUGGUGUCGUGCUCAUCACCCGCCCUCCCUUUUUGGUGGGGCAUCACCACGGCGAUGCCCCCGCCAUAGAGCCCGAAGCCUCCGGCCCGGCCCGCGUGCGUCUGGGAAGCACGGUAACAGGCGACGCGGACAGCGCCGCCCGCAUGAUCGGCGCGACGUGGGCCCUCGUCGGCGUGUCCUUCUCCGCGACCGCCUACCUCUCCAUCCGGUACAUCGGGACGCGCGCGAGUGCACUGCACUCGAUCUCGUACUUUUCGAUGGUGUGCACCAUCGCAUCCGCUCUCGCGAUGCUUGUUUCGCCUCAGAACCUCGAGUGGCCAAACGACCUCCACGGCUUCGGCCUGAUCGUCCUCAUCGGCAUCUUCGGCUUCUGCGCUCAGACACUCCUGACCUUUGGUCUGCAGAACGAGAAGGCCGGCCGCGCCGGCCUCGCCAUGUAUCUGCAAAUCUUCUUCGCGGUCAUCCUCGAGCUGUUGGUGUUCCACACGAUCCCCUCGUUCAUGUCCUUCUUGGGCACGGUCAUCAUCCUGUCUUCAGCCGCCUGGGUCGCGAUGUCGACGCUCAAGAAUAAGCCGCCACAAGUGCUGGACGACCCCGAGUCGCGGCCGAUCUCGCGCUCGCCCUCGCCCAUACCCGACGCGCGCACCGUCCGCGGCGAGCACUACGACUACGCGUCCGUGCCGACCGAGGAGCGGGGGUCGAGCUCGGGCGCCCUCUCCAAAGCCGCGAUGACGAGACGCCCAUCCCAGUCGCCCCUCCCGCGCACGCUCGCACUACCGCGCGCCGCGACGGGUGCGAAAACAGCCGCGCCUUCUAGAAUCUGCGCCACGCAUGAGCGUAACAUGCCCUCCGACGGAUCAGAAGCUACGCUCACCAUAUCAGUGUCAUUAGCCUACCUGCCAGCCUGCCAGCUUCAGCUCCAGCUUCGGCCUACCGGCCAGCCUGCCAGCCUCAGCCUCAGCCUCAGCCUCAGCCUCACCUCAGCCGCAACCAAGAGCACGCGUUUAGAGACCAGGGACGCGUGCGAGGCGUAGCUGCACGGCAGAACUCGCUCCGGCGGCAGAAGAUUGUUCGCUGCACCAAUGGAGAAAGAACAUGGUGUGCCCUCUUGCGGCGCCGUGGAACAGGUUCCCCUGCUUGCACUACGCAUGGAAGUGUUACCGUCGGCGACGGAAGGCGGACAUGGCGUGCAUGAUGGUGACACGAGCCGGCGGCCGUGGCUGCGUUCGGCGCGUUGCGAUAUCGCACAGAGCGUGUUGAGACGAAUACCAGCCGCAUUACCGCCUC